GAUGGCGGCGCCCAUCCCGUGAGGCGGCGGCGGCCAUGUCGGGCCGGGGGGUCUGGCAGCGGACCCGGGCGCGGCUGCGGCGCUUCCCCGCGCUGCUGGGGGGCUGCGGGGAGCAGGCGGCUGCCUACGGGCGGUGCGUGGCGGCGGCGGCGGCCGGGCCGGCGGAGCUGCGGCGGGACGCCUGCCUGGAGGAGUUCCGGGCGCUGCGGGACUGCUUCGCCCGGGCGGCGAAGGCGACGCCGAAGUGACGGCGGGGCCGGUGCCCCCCCCGGGCCUGAAGACGCUUCGGAAAAUAAAAACGCUCAAACCCCA